AACUCAGCCAUGAGCAACCACUCUCUCUUAUUUUUCUCCAUAUCCUGAUUCCUGUGCAGCUGACGCUGAAUGGCGACAACAAUGACACUCCACGCACAUCCACCUCUGCCCGUACCUCUAGUCAAACCUGCAUUCUCUUUCCCCUACCCGCUUCAUUCUCCAUCUUCCCAGAGGUUUAGAAUGUCGUCCGCCUCGCUGCCUCCUCUCCCAGAAAAUCGCGUUGUUUUGGGUUGCGGAGCAGUGUCCGUCGAUUUUUUGGCGGCAGUGGCUUCUUAUCCGAACCCUGAUGAUAAGAUUAGAAGCACCAGCGCCAAGCUUCAAGGAGGUGGAAAUGCAGGGAAUGCAUUGACUUGUGCUGCUCGCUUGGGUUUGAAACCUAGGCUGAUUUCCAAGGUUGCUGAUGAUCCUCAAGGUAAAGGAAUCUUGGAGGAGCUGGAGGCUGAUGGUGUCGAUUCAUCAUUUAUUGUGGUUUCUGAAGGGGGCAAUUCACCAUUCACUUAUAUCAUUGUUGAUGACCAAACGAAGACUCGAACUUGUAUUCAUACCCCAGGAUAUCCUCCCAUGAUACCUCAAGAGCUAACAGAAUCUAAUUUGGUAGCAGCACUUGAUGGUGCGAGGCUAGUGUAUUUUGAUGGAAGACUGCAUGAGACUGCUUUAGUUGUGGCUCAGGAGGCAACUCGCCGUGGUAUUCCUAUCCUAAUUGAUGCAGAAAGGAAAAGAGAAGGGUUGGAUGAACUUUUGAAUUUGUCUAGCUACGUCAUAUGCUCAGCAAAAUUUCCACAGGCAUGGACAGGUGCUCCGUCUAUCCCCAGCGCACUUGUUUCCAUGGUUCUAAUGUUGCCAAAUAUCAAAUUUGUAGUAGUCACAUUAGGUGAAGAUGGCUGCGUGAUGCUGGAGAGGUCAAGUGAAAAUGGUCUGUCUGAAGAAGUUGAUGUGGAUGAUUUGUUGGAGACACUCAAGCAUAAAAAGGAUAGUAACUCAACCUUGCCAACAUAUGUAUCAUCGAGCCAGGUGAAAUUACACGCAAAGGGUAUAGGGACUGUGGGCGGCAGGUUGCUUUUAGGAACAGCUGAAAAGAUUCCACCCUCAGAACUUGUUGAUACUACUGGUGCUGGUGAUUCAUUUAUUGGAGCAGUCCUUUAUGCCCUUUGUGCCAACAUGCCGCCAGAAAAGAUGUUGCCUUUUGCUGCUCAAGUGGCUGGUAUUGGUUGCAGAGCCUUGGGAGCCCGAACCGGUCUUCCACACCGCACAGAUCCUCGGUUGAGUUCUUUUUUACUCUAGAGAUCCCAAGUGAUGGCCACAGUAGGAAAAGAACAGCAGCAUCUUGCCAUCAACUUGGUCUUUUUCUUAUAGUAUUCCUCACAGUGUUUUUCUGGACCGAUAUCCUUAUAUACCUCUUGCAAUUCUUGCAUUAAGACAACAUUAGUAUUUAUUGAGAUGGGCUUUUUGA